AUUCAUUGAAAUAUUAAGACAUGUUAAUGUGCUGAAAAAUGAUUGUCCAAAUAUUAAUUGCACUUUUGGCAAAUCUGGCAAACAGUCAGGAAGUUGUCAAAUCUGGUGAGGUCCAUGCAUUGUCUGGAGACAUAACAACAUUGCCAUGUGAUGUACCAUUCCCUGGCGAUGUUACCAUUUCAUGGUUCAAAUCCCAUCGGCGAGACUUCGGUCCCACUGGCAAAAAACUUAUAUAUACCAACGUGAACAAUCCAAAUAGAGAAACCACUGAGCCCAACAAGUACAAAAUGGAUGAUGGUGACAACUAUAACUUAAAUUUGCAAGUUAAUGCCAAUGAAUACACUCACCAUUGUGCUGUAAUACUGAGCUCUACAGACCAAAUGAAUGGAGUUUUGAAGUAGCAUUCCACUUCAGUUGCGACCACCAAGCAGUGAAUGCUCCAAUCAAUCAACACACUCAAGUUGGGUGCAAGUAUAGGGAGUCCAGAGGUGGUCCAAGACGACCAAUAGCAUGGUACAACGAGCAACAUGAAAACAUCACCACGAGAGAUUGUCACUUUGAUGGUUCGGAAAACGGUAGCACAAGAUAUGGCAUGUGUACUGAUUUGGUUCCCAACAGCCCAAAUGGUGUUGGGAAGAUGGAGAUGUUAAGAUGUACUAUGGAUUCUGGAGUUGAGGCAGGACCACAUAUAAUUAAAACAUUUGAUGAUAUUUCAUGUUUCACUCAAGUAACAAUCAUUUCAUAAUGGUUGUCGUAUCAUAAAUAUAU